CCUUGGAGUCCACGGCAUCCGAGCCGGAGCCUCGCCUUCCUUUCUCCCUCUGCAGACAUCCGGACACAAAAAGAGAAGAGAUCCCGGGACCAGAGCGAGGCACCCACCCGCACCAUGACCGAGACCACCAAGACCCACGUUAUCUUGCUCGCCUGCGGCAGCUUCAAUCCCAUCACCAAAGGGCACAUUCAGAUGUUCGAAAGAGCCAGAGAUUAUCUGCAUAAAACCGGCAGGUUUAUUGUGAUCGGCGGGAUCAUCUCUCCUGUCCACGACUCCUAUGGAAAACAGCGGGCGGCUCAGGAUAGCAUCUCGGGGAGGCUGUGGGGGGCAGACGGAUGUCCCCACGAUCACUCUGUCGCUCCUCAGGGCCUUGUGUCGAGCCGGCAUCGUCUCAUCAUGUGUCAACUGGCCGUCCAGAAUUCUGAUUGGAUCAGGGUGGACCCGUGGGAGUGCUACCAGGACACCUGGCAGACGACCUGCAGUGUGCUGGAGCACCACCGGGACCUCAUGAAGCGGGUGACUGGCUGCAUCCUCUCCAAUGUCAACACGCCCUCCAUGACCCCCGUGAUCGGACAGCCCCAGAAUGAGAACCCUCAGCCCAUUUACCAGAACAACAACGUGUCCACCAAGCCCACUGCAGCCAAGAUCUUGGGGAAGGUGGGAGAAAGCCUAAGCCGGAUCUGCUGUGUCCGCCCGCCCGUGGAGCGCUUCACCUUUGUGGAUGAGAAUGCCAACCUGGGCACGGUGAUGCGGUACGAGGAGAUCGAGCUGCGGAUCUUGCUGCUGUGUGGCAGUGACCUGCUGGAGUCCUUCUGCAUCCCGGGGCUCUGGAAUGAGGCGGAUAUGGAGGUGAUUGUUGGGGACUUUGGGAUCGUGGUGGUGCCCCGGGACGCAGCCGACACAGACCGAAUCAUGAAUCACUCCUCAAUACUCCGCAAAUACAAAAACAACAUCCUGGUGGUGAAGGAUGACAUCAACCACCCCAUGUCUGUUGUCAGCUCAACCAAGAGCAGGCUGGCCCUGCAGCAUGGGGACGGCCACGUCGUGGAUUACCUGUCACAGCCGGUCAUUGACUACAUUCUCAAGAGCCAGCUGUACAUCAACGCCUCGGGCUAGCGGCCACACAGCCCUCCGCUCCGCUCUCCCCUUGUCCUCCGCACACUGGCCCCUCGAGUCUCUGUCAGUCCUCUGUUUGCCUCCUGCCUCUCUGUUUCUCCAUUUCCUCAUCUUGACUGUUCCCCUCCUCGACCCCCCACAGUGUGGGGGCCCGCAGAGAACCACGGCGUCCCUUAUUCCCCGGUCAUCUUUGGACAGACUUUCCUCUAGUCUCCGGGUUGGGGGUGGGUGAGGGAAUAGGGGUGGGAGUUGGGGGGAAGUGCAGUCCUUGGAGAUGUGCUGGUGUCCAUCUCCCAGCAUGCUCUAGAGAGUGGCUCUGGUGCCCAUCCUCCCAGCAUGCUCUGGGGAGGCGGCUCUGGCUCUCGCCUUCCCAGCAUGCCCUUUAUCACAAAGGGCUAUUUUUUUCUUUUCUGUUUUUUUGUUUGUUUUGUUUUGAUGUUGAUUGUUGUUGUUCACACCUCAUAGAA